ACUACUGGAGUAUAAAACAUGAAGCACUUUGAAAUGCCUUAUUGUCACCUUCUUAUACUUGUAUUCUUCCUCCUCUUGCUUCCAUCCAGCCUCGCAACAAGAAAAGAAGGGGAAGCUCUAGUGAAGUGGAAGGAUAGCCUAUCCCCGUCCUCGUUUCUCGAAUCUUGGUCCUCAACCAAUCUCAAUAAUCUUUUUAACUGGACUGGCAUUACCUGUAACUCCGAGGCUUUAGUAUCUGAAAUCAACCUUUCACGAAAACAACUUGAAGGAACGCUAGCUGAGUUCCGCUUCAAUUUGUUUCCAAGUCUCAACAAUUUUACCAUCAGUGGCAACAGUUUCACAGGUCCAAUUCCACCAGAGAUUGGUACUUUAACAGAGCUUCAACAUCUCGAUUUCAGCUUUAAUAGUCUCAAUGGUUUCAUUCCUUAUCAGGUUAGCCAUCUUCAAAAAUUGCGCACCUUAGACCUUUCAUAUAAUCUCUUGGAAGCUCCAAACUGGUCCAAGUUUUCUCCUAUUCCUUUCUUGACUACACUUAAUGUCAGAUUCAAUAAUCUUGUGUCAGAAUUUCCCGAGUUCAUAUCCAAUUGUCAUAACCUGGCUAAACUUGAUCUUUCACAUAACUUUCUAACAGGUGAUAUGGUGCGUGAAUCAGUAUUUAAUAAUUUGCAAGAUCUCAAAUUCCUCAGUAUUAUGGAAAAUUCUUUUGAGGGGCCAUUUCCGCCAAGUAUACUCAAUCUUUCCAGAAUAAGACAUCUUGAGCUAUCAAGUAAUAACUUUUCAGGUUCUAUACCCCAGAAUAUAGGGAUGCUUCAUGAUCUUAAAUAUCUGAGCUUGUUUGCUAAUUCAUUUGUAGGAAGUAUACCUUCUUCUAUUGGUCUACUUAGGGAGCUUCAAAUUCUAGAUCUCUCGUAUAACCAUUUAAAUUCCAAUAUUCCUCGUGAGAUGGGGCUUUUGACUAAUCUCAGCGAAUUAUAUCUCGAUAUGAAUAAUCUUACAGGCAAUAUUCCUUCCGAGCUGGGCCUCUUGACUAAGCUCAACCUUUUGGUUCUUCUUUCCAAUAACCUGACAGGAAAUGUACCAUCUGAGAUUGGAAACCUGAAGCUACUGACUCAACUUCUUCUCGGUUCUAAUCAGUUGACUGGACCAGUUGUGAAGUCCGUUUUUAACCUCAGUAAUCUAGAGGUUCUUGGUCUACCUAAUAACAAGUUUACUGGCAAUAUUCCUGGUGACUUCUGGAAAAAUCUUAAAUCUUUGUUAUACAUGGAUUGUCGCGACAACCUUUUUUCAGGAACCAUUCUGGGAUUAAAUACUAAUCUGAAUCUUACUUACAUUGAUUUAAGUGGAAACCAAUUUACAGGUGAGUUUCCCUCAACAAUUUGCAAUGUCACGUCCAUUGAGGUUCUUGAUCUAUCGCAUAAUGGAUUAAGCGGUGCACUUCCACAUUGUGUGGGAAAGCUUGCCAACAAUCUGCAUACCAUGGUUCUCGGUAAUAAUAAAUUUCAAGGAAUAAUACCAACAACCUUCAGCAAUACCUGUCACCUAGAAGUUUUGAACAUGCAAAACAAUCACUUUGAAGGAAUGGUGCCCCAAGCUUUGGCAAACUGCAAGGAGUUGAAAAUUCUUGAUAUGGGAAACAACCACAUAAGUGGUACCGUUCCAUCAUGGCUAAGUACUCUUCAAAAUCUAGAAGUCCUUGUCUUGCGAUCAAAUAGACUUCAUGGUAAAGUAAGUGCCAGUAGUACAAAACAUCCCUUUCCUAAGUUGCGAAUUGUUGAUCUCUCCAACAAUGAAUUCACUGGAAAUUUGCCAAUUCAAUAUUUUUAUUAUAUGAAACCGACUAGAAAGGGAUAUGAUUAUAACAAUUCAAAAGAAGAUUUUCAGUACUUUUACCAAGCUUCUGUCCCAUUACGUGUGAAAGGCACAGAGUAUGAAGUGAAAGAAAUCCUUUAUAUUUACACAGCCAUUGAUCUGUCGUGCAACAAAUUUCAAGGGAAAGUCCCAAAGGUCAUUGGGGAUCUUAGUUCACUCGCCUUGCUUAAUUUAUCUCAUAAUAGUCUUACAGGACCUAUCCCAUCAGUGUUGGGGAAUAUGGAAACGCUCCAAUCUCUAGAUUUGUCAUCGAAUCAAUUGUCAGGUGUUAUUCCUAAUCAAUUAACUAGUUUGACAUUUUUUGCGGUCUUGAACCUCUCUGAAAACCAUCUUACCGGAGAAAUUCCUCUAAAAGGACAGUUCAGCACUUUUGGAAAUGAUUCAUACUUGGGUAACUCAGCUUUGUGUGGACUUCCUUUGACGAAGAAAUGCAUGCAUGCAGUGUCACCACCACAAGAAGUCGGAAAUGAUGGUGAUGAUGAAGAUGAUGUUCACAAUGGACUCAACUGGGAAUUGAUCCUGAUGGGAUACGGAUGUGGAUUGAUAUGCGGAUUGUCUUCAGGAUACAUUGCUUUCAAAAUGGGAAAGCCUCGGUGGUUCGUGAGAUACAUUGAAUUACUGCAACUGAAGUUGAUAAGGACACGCAUGAAGAAGAGAGUUCGAUGAAGACGAUAACAUUGACAAAAUGUUGUCUCGGGAUCAUGUGUAUUCUGUUUUGUUCAUCUAGAUCAAAUUUAAUACAAAUGCAAUUGAAAGUAAAAUACUUUGUAGUUAAAUUGUAUUAAUCUCAUAUAUAUCAUAAUAAAGUUCAUUGUCUUCCA